GAAAAGGCGGGCCCGGCUGGGGGGGAGGGGCGCGGCUAUGACGACUAAGUUCCGGGGAGUCUCUUCUUGGCGCCUUUGCCGCGCCCCCUAGCGGUCGCUCGAUCGGCCGGCCAGUCAGUCAGUCAGUCACUCGCUCGGUCGAUUCGGCUCAGGCCGAGGGGGGGCCCUCGUUUGCCGGUAGAAGUGCAGUCGCGGCGGUGAAAGAGGCGCCGAGCGCUGCCGCUUUUCUCCCUCCCUGCCGCCGGCCGCUCUUCCCCUUCGGCCGCUGCCCCUGCGGGCUCCCUCGGCGCCAAGGCCUGAGACCCCGGGCCCGCCCCGAGCUUCUCCUUCCCCUCACGACGCGCCGCCAUGGACAUGAAGAAGCGGAUCCACCUGGAGCUGCGGAACCGGACCCCGCCGGAUGUACAAGAACUUGUUCUUGACAACUGCAGAUCAAAUGAAGGCAAAAUUGAGGGAUUGUCAGGAGAGUUUGUCAACUUGGAGUUCCUCAGCUUAAUAAAUGUGGGGCUGACAUCUGUCUUGAAUCUCCCCAAGCUCCCCAAACUGAAAAAGCUUGAACUCAGUGACAACAGAAUUUCUGGAGGUCUUGAUGUAUUAGCUGAGAAGCUUCCUAACCUCACACAUCUAAACCUCAGUGGAAACAAGCUGAAGGAUAUCAGUACCUUGGAGCCAUUGAAAAAAUUGGAGUCUCUGAAGAGCCUGGAUCUAUUUAACUGUGAGGUAACAAAUCUCAAUGACUACCGAGAGAGCGUCUUCAAGCUUCUCCCUCAGCUCACCUAUCUGGACGGAUACGAUCAAGAAGACAAAGAGGCUUCUGACUCGGAUGCUGAAGUCGACGGUGUUGAUGAGGAAGAUGAAGAGGAAGGUGAGGAAGAAGAAGAAGAUGAUGAAGAAGAUGGUGAGGAGGAAGAAUUUGAUGAGGAGGAUGAGGAUGAAGAAGGAGAAGAAAUAGAAGAUGAGGAAGAUGAAAUCAGUGGAGAGGAGGAAGGGUUUGGCCAUGAUGGAGAAGAAGAGGAGGAUGAAGAGGACGAAGAAGAAGAUGAAGAGGAUAGUGGGAAAGGUGAAAAGAGAAAAAGAGAAGCAGACGACGAAGGGGAUGAAGAUGAUGACUAAGGCCUCGUGUGCCCUCAAAGGACUGUUCAGUAUUGCUUGGGCCACCCCUUGGAUUAUCUGUGACCGAGGAGCACGUGAGGCACACCUGUAGUCAUCUAACAAGCCCCCCUCUCCCCCCCUUCCCCGGGUGCAGCACCUAAAGAGCCAAAGAGUCGGCCAUUCCUGUGACAUUCCACACCCCCCGCAGCUGAUCUCUCCAGGUGGUUACAGAAGCUAGUUCAACUGGCUAGCACCUUCACUUAAUCCUCUUGGGGUUCCCAGGCCUUCAUCUCCCAACCGUUGCCAUAGCAAAAAGAGCGAGUGUGAUGGGUCAGUCCUGGUUGUCAGGGGAUACACACCACCACCCCCUCCCCCACUGACUUGUAGUCCCUUUUUACUUUCUGUGUGACGAGGCUUUGUAAAUAGAGUCCUGAUGUUUUGGGGGACUGUUUCUUCAUGCUUUGCUUUCCCUUGCCUCCCUUUUCCUUUUUUAAGACGUUGGAUAUUUUUUACAUUAGGAUGUUUUAUGCAACAACAGAAAAAAAGUAUUUUUAAGAACUUGAAUGAAAUAAACGUUAUUUGGUAAA